AGAUGAGCGCAGGAACCGCUGGGUUUGCGCGCUCCCGCCUUAAAUUAAUCCGGAAAUGGGUUGGAAUUGGAAUUGGACUUUGACUGGCUAGAACCUCGCGGUCAGAAGCGCAGGUACUGAAUGGAGCCUGUUCUUCAUAUGGAAUGGCUACCACAUGGACAAAUUGCCACCCUAACAUGGCCUGUAGAAAGAGGGAAAAUCACAGGGAGUCUCAUUCUCUCUCUUCCACUGCAAACUCUUAUAAAUUUCCAACCUGUGCUAAUCAGGUUCAUCGUAUAUGCAUGGUGUCUGAUUUUUUUUAUCCAAACAUGGGAGGUGUGGAAAGCCACAUUUACCAAUUAUCACAGUGCCUAAUUGAAAGAGGACACAAAGUUAUAAUAGUCACACAUGCUUAUGAAGACCGUAAAGGCAUCCGUUACCUCACCAAUGGACUGAAGGUUUAUUAUUUGCCAUUGAGAGUUAUGUACAACCAGUCUACGGCAACAACUCUCUUCCACAGUCUGCCUCUGCUCAGGUAUAUCUUUGUACGGGAAAGAGUCACCAUUGUUCAUGCACAUAGUUCUUUUUCUGCCAUGGCUCAUGAUGCACUGUUCCAUGCCAAGACAAUGCAACUACGGACGGUUUUUACAGAUCAUUCCCUUUUUGGAUUUGCGGAUGUCAGUUCAGUACUUACAAACAAACUCCUAACUGUAUCACUGUGUGAUACAAACCACAUAAUAUGUGUUUCUUAUACUAGCAAGGAGAACACAGUGUUGAGAGCGGCGCUGAAUCCUGAGAUAGUUUCUGUCAUCCCAAAUGCUGUUGAUCCCACUGACUUCACUCCAGAUGAAUCUAGGCGGGACAACAACACAAUAACUAUUGUUGUUGUCAGCAGACUUGUAUAUAGAAAAGGUAUAGAUUUGCUUAGCGGUAUAAUUCCUGAGCUUUGUCAGAAGUAUCCAGAUUUACAUUUCUUAGUUGGAGGUGAAGGACCAAAACGGAUUAUAUUGGAAGAAGUACGGGAACGAUACCAGCUACAUGACAGAGUUCGUCUCCUGGGAGCUUUAGAACAUCGGGAUGUUAGAAACGUCUUGGUCCAGGGACACAUUUUUCUUAACACCUCUCUCACAGAAGCAUUUUGCAUGGCAAUAGUGGAAGCAGCCAGUUGUGGUUUGCAGGUGGUGAGUACAAGAGUUGGUGGGAUUCCUGAGGUGUUACCAGAUGAUCUUAUAAUCUUGUGUGAGCCUUCAGUGAAGUCUCUGUGUAAUGGGUUGGAAAAAGCUAUCAUCCAGCAGAAGUCAGGAUCACGUCCAUCUCCAGAAAUCAUACAUAGGAAAGUUAAAACAUUUUAUACUUGGAGAAAUGUUGCAAAGAGAACAGAAAAAGUCUACAACAGAGUUGCAGGUGAAACUGUAUUGCCAAUGAGCACACGGCUCGACAGACUUGUCUCUCACUGCGGCCCAGUGACUGGUUGCAUUUUUGCUCUCUUGGCUGUGCUCAGCUUUCUUUUCCUGACAUUCUUGAGGUGGAUGACACCAGAUGAACUAAUUGAUGUUGCAGUAGAUGCCACAGGCCUAAAUGGAGCAUGGACACGUCAGUAUUUCCCUAAUAAAAGCAAAAAAGGGAAGACUUCAAACUCUGAACGGUGCUAGGAAUGAAAAGAUGAGACUUUUUCUAGCAUUGAUUAUUAGAUUAUUUGCAUUCAGCAGGAGAAAAUGUUUAUAAAUAAUUCAUCAGUUUUCCUUAAUGGGUGGAAAGAAAAUCAGCAAGAUGUUCUACCUCAGAUUAGGAUGGUCUAAAAUGGUUUAGGAUAGACAUGCUUGCCAAGUUGUACCACAGUAGUUGUUCACAAUUGUCAUUUAUUUCAACUUGAGAAUUUUAAAAUAAAUCUGUGGAAUAUCAUUGGCCAUUAAUGAAAGAAAGGAGACGGUAAGAGGAUAACAGGUGGGCAGACUGAUUUUUAGUGUUUUCCCUUAUUUUCUCUUGCAAUAUUUUAAUUUCCUUUCAUCUUUGUGUUGUGGGGAGAGUGCAUACAUUAUUAUUACCACCUUUUGUUCCAGCAUAAUAUUAGAGGGGAUCAGAAUUAUAACUUUGGAUCUUGGGUGUGCUUGUUUAGUGUAAGAUGCUGGAAGAAGUGGGUGCCAAUAUGAAAUACCUGCCUCACAUAGUUGGUGGGACCUUCUCUGCAAUUAAGCUCAUGUUCUAACAAGUGAAUGUAUGCACAUUUCCCCCUUUUUGUAUGCUUCCCUACAUAUACACUCGAAAUGCAUCCUUUGGAAGAAGCUGCUUUUUGUUGGUUUUGCAUUGUACCCUUUUAGAUCAGUUCACAUCUAAUGAGAAACCAUUGUUUUCUGCUUCAUGAACAAGUCCCGGUGAUCCUUGAGCUUGUGUAGUUCCCCCCCUUCCCCUUUUAUGCUUGGGAGGAGAAGAUUGGAAGCUGCUUCUUUACAUGAUGAUUUUUCUUUACAUAUGAACUCAUGGGAUUGUGGUUUCUAAUCAAUGUUAGUUGAAACAAACUGUGAUCAAGCCAUAGUUUCAGAUCAUAGCUUGUUAUUUGAACCGUAUAAUCCAAAACAAAAUAAACCCAUUAGGUUUAGUGGAGCUUAUUCCUAGGUAAGCAUGCAUAGAAUUGCAGCCAAAGAUUGUUAAAUUAACAGUACCGUGGGUUUGUUAAUAGGAGGGAACUGCAUUUUGUUUAAAAGUGGAAGCAAAAGGUUCCAGUGUCUUCCUUGUGCACAUGGUUUCCUAUUGCGUCUGAACUGACUCUGUAUUUUAACCUAUUUUGUUUUUAACCUCAAUUUAGCAUAUAUACUGUACAUGAAAACAGGCUGUGUGUUCUGAUCUGUGGGGCCAUUAGGCUUAAUUCAUUUCACUAUAGCUUUAAAUGUUGCAGGCAGAAACUGUUGCAAGAAGGCAGCUAUCCUCCCUUUCCUCACAGCCUGUAUGCCCCUUUCUCGGUCAAGAUUGGAGGAAUUUGAAUCCAGUUUACUACAUCUGAUUAGAACUUGGGUGUUCAUUUCUACUUAGAGCAAUGGCAGACUUUCUAGGUGAUGUGCUGUAGAAUAAUAUACUUUCCCCUUAUCCCAUCAGAUUUCUUUAGCAGUAAAGUUUUCAGAUGUUUUAUGUUAAUAAUUUUUCUGUGCCUUGUCUUAUUUUGAUAUCAGGGUAGCAUAGGUAACAUAAUAUGGAGAGCUGCCUUACACUGAAUCAGACCUUUUUCUUGCCUAGUAUCAUUGGUAUUGACUAGUAGUAGUUUAGGACAGGAAUUCUUCCCCAGCCCUAUCUAGAGACGUUGAGAAUUGAACCUGGAAAUUCCUCUAUGCAGUGCUUGUGCUCUAGUACUGAGCUAUGGGUCUUCCAUUUCUCAUCAGAUUGCCUUUUAUUCCCACCAGAAUUCACUUAAUCCAUUCACUUAAUAAAAUGGCCAUCAAAUUCCUCUGUCCAGCUCAAUUGCCCCUUUUCCUGUCUUCAGUGUAAGGUUGGCUAUACCUAAGCAAUUCUGCUGAGGUUAAGUUCCCUGAAAUAUAUACAUGCAUUAGCCUCUAUUGCUGUAACUGUCUUUGCAACUGCAGCGUGUAUCAAAUUCCAAACAUCUGCACCUUCCAGCUGUGGGCACAGCCUCUGCUUCAGCACAGUAUCAAAACAGGGAGGUGGAAAGAAGUCUUUCUGUACAGAAGGUUUUUAAUAGUCCAGCCAUAUGCAUGACAUCUAACUCUCGUUUCAGCUUUUUGAUAGCAGUGUGGGUGUGAUAGGGGCAUUGACUACAAAGGGAGGGACUGAACAGUCUUUUCAUGCCAUUUCUGGGUGUCUUCCGCAUCACUGCUGAUUCCCGUAAUAAAUGAAAUUAUACUCUUUCCCUCUUGAUUACUUUGGGUAAUAAGCACAGAACUAGGUACUAAAUAACAUCUGAUUUUAUAUCUGAUUUUUGUUUACAGAAUAGCCAUCUUUUGAAUAGUAUGAUAGGAAGUGUGGGCAGAAAAAGGAGCAAGGAUUCAUUUUACAAUACUAAAUGUACUACACAUCAGUGCACUUGAGAGCUCAGUAGCAUAUGCUAAACCCUGAUGCAGUAAGGGGAAAUGCUGUUAUGGUUACAUUUACCUGGGCAAAAGUUGUGUUUGGAUGCUUUAAGCUACUAGUGUUUUUUCUCUUCCAAGAACAUUUCUACUAAUAUCUUCUGCUUAAAGCUACAGGGUCAUUCAUUCUUAACUGGGAGUAGUUUUUACUGAACUCAGUGGAACUUGCUUCCAAGUGAAUAUGCAGAGGGUUCAGCUACAAGUUGGGAAAGACUCUUGGAAAUCAUUUAGUGGAUUAAAAUCUAAUCAUGAAAAUAGUGCCUGAACCUUCUCCAUCCCUUAAAGAGAAACCUUAAAAUGUGUUAACAAGUAAGUUCUCACAGGUUGCCAAAUACUUUAGGGUAUGUUCCUAUAGUUUCAGUGUAUUAGAACCAAGGGGUCUACACCCCUUCUUACAUGUAUGUAUACAUUACUUUUAUGGGGUGGGGAUGGGGUGUGUUGCUCUUAGCAUAUGGGGUGCUCAUGUUAGGUAAUAGUUUGUGUGCUUGAGGUGGGGGUUUUUUGAGGGGGUGGAGGGUUGGCAUACAAAAAUACCUGUACAAGGGAAAUCAAUUAACUAAAAUAAGAACCCAAAACUCCUUAGCAUUGUUUUGACUAAUAUCAUAUGCUAUUGGUGAAUGCAGUGUUAAUGACCUUUAUUCUUAUCCUGAUCUCUUGGCCUAGUGAACUUAGCUCAUCUUGUCUUCAACUGUCCUCAGGUCAUAGAAUCACAUCCUUAUGUCAUUGGAAUUAUUCACUAAAGGCAAAACACUGAAGAAUUAUAUACUUCUGACAUAUGAAACUCCUAAUGCCAAUUUUCAGUAUUGUACAGAAAUUCUUCAGCAGUCCUUACGUAACUGUGUCCAAGAACAAGUGAAGUUGGAUCGUUUUAUUUUUAAAGCAUUCACAACAUUGUGGAAAUGAUGAUUUGGAAACAAGUGUAGGAUUUUAGGGUACGAAAGGUUGCAAAUGCCAGUAGGGUCAAACGGAUAUGGAAACUAUAGCCAUGUAUAAGAUACUGGGAUGCUGUUAGGCCUUUUUAAAAACUAAGUUGACCAUGCCAUCAUAAGAACAUCAGUCAUUAUUUUGAACUGGUUGACAGUAACUUUGGAGAAGGGAGAAAUGUUGUUUUGUGAGUGAAAUUGGCCAAUCAAGCCAUGUUGUUCUUCAUGUGGCAAGUGUUUUUCCACAGCCAUUUGGGAUUUGGCCAAGACUACAUUGUAAGUACUGUUUUUCAGCCAGCUGUCUAAGCUCUAUGAGUACAAACUCUGUUAUGACUUGGUUAUUGCAGUGGUUGUUUAGACUGAAGACCUGUGUAACAAAAGGUGCUCUUUCAAAUGUCUCUGCUUAAUUGAAAAAUCUCUCUCUACAUCAACAAACUUUAUUUCUGUUGGAUCAUAUUAUCCCUGUUAUUCCACCAUGUUCCUUAAAUGAUUUUGCUUUGGAAUGUCUUUCUUUGAAUGUGAUUUUGGUAUUUUGAGGUAUGGUAGUUGGGCAAUAUGUUUUAAAUUUUGCAUGGUAAAACUUCAGUCCUUACAAGAAUAUAAUUAAGGUUUAUGGAAUGCAAAGAAAUAGCUUUUGUUUAUAGGGCUGAAUUCUUCUGUGAUAAGAUGGUUGCUGUGUUCAAGAGGAAGUCAAGGAUUAUUUUUUUCUGCUAGGAAAAUAGCUUCUCUCAAUACUUAACUUUUUUUCUAACACGCUGAUUCUGCAUGCAUGAACAUGCUUUUACUAACAAGAAGCAUUGGUGCCAAACGCUGACUACUGAAAAACAAAUUAAGCAUGCAGAUAAUGCUUUAUUUUGAAAACAUUAGUGACUUUAUAAAUUUCCACUGAAAGCAGUGAGCUUUUAAAAGAGAAUUAGCAAGAUACCAUUUCACCUUAAUUUUGCUAGAAAAACUUUAUUUUAAAUUUAUUUAAAUUAACUAAAAUAUUUUAACACUGUCUCUUACAUGCUAAUGGGAACUCCAUAAGUAGGCAUACCUACAGAUAGUUAUGGAAAAGUUAUGGGAAAUAUUAUGCCUUGUCGAUUACAUGACUAAGCUGUAAGAUAUAUAUCUGCAUCUGUUUCAGGAAGUGUAUCUGCAUCUAUUUCUGAAAUAAUCAAUGUUAAAUGUGAAGGGUCUAUUAUGAAAUGAGGAUGUUGAACUAAAUGCAAUGACACUUAGCUAUAAGCUGCACAAUUUCUCUGUAACACACAUAUGGUACGACUCUGGCUGAAGUCAACAGGAGUAUAUGUAUACAUUUACUUUUUAAAGUGUAUAUUCACCUCACCCCAACAAAUACGAUUUAAAGCAUAUUGCUAACAGCAAAAAGUGAGUUCAAAUAGGCCAUAUUUGCUAAUUUGUUGGUGAAGGGACUACUGUUUGAACGUGACCAAGGAGCAAGGAGGCCAUGAAUAUUGUGCUUCUGUGAAGCAAAUAGCCAUUUCUGGCUUGAAGCAAGCUAGUUCUGUUUGAAUUAGACAGCUAACAUAAAUCUAUAUGAAGCUAGGCUUAAAUACUGCUUCUGUAAAUUUUUAACAUAAAAUCAUGGUGUGCAUUAGGAAAAAGCAUUGCUCAUGUGAGUAAUCCUCUCACUUUGAUCCUUAAUCAUGUGUUCAUUCAAUCCUUUCUGCAAAGUUCCAUGGCCACGGUGGGCAAUUUUGGGGGUCACUUUGCUGCUUCCAGGCCCCUAUGGGUCACAUAGGAUUGCUGGCACCAAAAAGAGAGAGAGAGAGAAAGAAAAAAGAAAAGAAAAGAAAAGAAAAGGUCAUUGGCUUACUGCAGUACUUCAGGUUUCCAGUUGAUUUUUGCUGGCAACCUGCCAGGUUUUUCUCCUGCUCAAUCUGCUGACAUUUGUGGUGUUGUGGAGGUGGCAAAAGAUGAUGGGGAGGAUGUACAUUGUCCGCCCUUGUUCUAUAGGGUUGAUGGUGAAAGUACACCCUAAGGCUGGCUCUGACUGAGGAAGUUGAGUAGCCCAAAGACUACUUUCUUCAUUACAGACUGGAGAUCUGAAUGACUUUCUCUAUGGUUAAAAUUUGACACUCCUCAGUAUGCCAUACUGGCUCUUAAUAAUCACCUAGAAGUUGGACUGGACUCAGUGUCUUGAGUAAAGGAGCAUAUGAUAUAUUACUUCAUUUCUGAAACUGUGUAUAGCCCAUGUUCUGUUCACGCAAGAACUUGCCUUUAGUAAGGUCCUCUAUGGAACUCUUUAAGAACUUUGAAAAUAAAUAUCAACUGAUGCUUGUUUCAAUCAAAAUACUGGACAGUAGAGGUGAAUAUUGGUGUUUGAAAGCAUGAGAGGUCCAAAAGCAGUGUUCAUAAAGGAUGCGUGUGAGACAAGAAGGGGUAUUUUAUCUUGGGUGGAAAAAGUCCCAAAUGGCAUUGCACCUAAUAUAUUACAUUGAAAAUAAGUCCUCCUGAUUCCAAAGGAACUUGUUUUCUUAAACAUUUAUGAUUGCAUGCCAUUCAUAUGAAAGUAUCUUUACGCUGUAUUAAAAAGUGAGAAUCACAAAAAAGUUGGUUUUUCUUAAAAUUGAUGGCAAUUGUGCAAUAUAUUUCUUUGUUUAAAUAAAAUCACACAAUGUAUUUGUGUCAUUGAAUGUCUCAAUGCAGACAAAGCAGGACAUAAAUAUAUUGGGUGGUUUCUUUUUUUCUUUCUUCUUUGAUUAAAAGGCAACUCUUCUUGAUGAAUAAUGGAUAGAAACCUGUUUUUGAUGUGAAAUACUACUAGAUAAGAGUUGGAGAUAAGUAAUUUCAAAAUAUCAGCAGAACACUUGACUAGUUCUUCCAUUUCAAAAUGUGGUGUAGAUAUCAAAAUCAAGCCCAUGCGUUACAUUAAAAAACUGGGGGGUGGGGGGGGGGUUGUGCCUUUGCCCUCUGAACAAUAAGAGUCAGUUAAGAAGACUAUUGACAUAGCAUGUUAAAUACAAUGGAACAGCCCCGCUUGGCUAUUUAUGGAAUAUAUGGCUCUUUAUGUGAUACUGUGCAUAUUUUCUAGAGGGACAAGAUCCUCAAGUAGAUGGAGACGUUCCUUAGCACUUCUGGUGUAGUGGGGUGGGGAAGUUGCAUGGCUUUGUUCAAAGGAUCCUAAAUACUGAAUUUAUGGGCAGUACUGUUUUACUCAGCCUUGUUUGGACAAAUCUGUUAGAUUUGUAAUGUUUCCAUAUGUGACUUUACAGUGAAUAAUAAAUGUUUUGCUCCAGUCCCUUUUCUUGUUGGAAUAGUGCCCAGACCUCUUUUAUUCAACAGCAGGCUCUAUACACAUCCCUGAAUGUGAAGAUUUUGUCAUGCUCUUUGGAAUAGAUAGUUGGUGUCGAGUGGGAACCACUGAGAAAGGUAGAUUAAAUAGGUGGUGGUGAGGUUUGCAACCUCUAGGAAAUACUGUUAAAUAACUUUUGUAUAUCAGGUUGCCUUGGUACUGUACAGUAUGACAUUUUUAAAGGAAAUGUUUAUAAAAAAAUUCAUAACCUUUUAAGUGUAUAUUGUUUUUUUCCAUUUCUGUUUGUGGAUUGGAUGGUCUGUAUAUGCAAAUAAAUAACUUUAUACAAGUUCGUUCCUUUUGUCUUCAUACUUUUUGUCUGGAUACUUCUCCUUAAACCAAAACUUUGUGAAUGAUGGACAACAAAAGUGUGGAGGCCAGUUCCUUCGAACUUCCAGUACACACCCCUCUGCAACCUCUGCUUGCUUUCCUGACUUUGGAUUGGAAUGCAAGAAGCAAUACAUGGAACAGGCCUAAAACGGCAUC